GCCCUCCCCGCACCAGAACCUCGGAUAAUAGGCGCCGAAGCUGCUGCUCCUGCAGCAGCAGCAGCAGCAGCAGCAGCCUGAGCCUGUUCCGGAGAGGGAGAGGGAGAGGGCCAGGAUAAAGGAUAGGAACGCGACGGGACGGGACCGGAGGGGAGGGAGGGGAGGGAGGGAAGGAGAGAGUCUGAGAAGACUCGGUAUCAGCGACGAAGGCCGCAACGGGCUUCGCACUGAUUAGCGCUGCGGCGGAUGCUGAGGCAGACUGGCGGGGGGUCUCGAGGCUCGAGAAUAGGACGGUAGCUCGGGAUCUUUCGAUCGAAGUUCUUUGUAGGCAUGCGUCGCGGAAGAUGGAGGGCUUAAUUCUGGAUGAGCUCUGGGGCACGUUCUUCGGUUGCGGCAAUGCGAUUUGAGGGGCGCGCGCAGCAUGGAGCGCCGGAGCAUGAUGGCUACAGCGCAGGCUUGGGCCAUGCUACUUUGCCUGAGCGCUGUUCUCUUGCGGGUCUCGGCGAGCAGCGCUAGUGUCGAGUCUACGCUGCUGCCCGGCUCCUCGUCGCCCGUGGAGUUCGGCGUCGCCCAAGGCCCCGACGAGGAGAAUGUAAAUAGUGUGAUCCGCGCUGCAGCCCACAGUCCCGACAUGAUCGAAUGGGUCCAGACGACCCUGCGCUAUCUGCACUCGCAUCCGGAAUUGUCAUGGCAAGAAUUCGAGACCAGUGCUUUCAUUCGCAAGCAGCUGGACUCGCUGGGCAUUCGCUACGAGUGGCCCGUGGCCAAGACCGGCGUCGUGGGUAUUAUUGGCUCCGGGAAUGGCCCUUGUAUCGCUCUCCGCGCCGACAUGGACGCUCUCCCGAUUCAGGAGGAAGCCGAGACCAAGCAUCCGAGCUUAAUUGCCGGCCGAAUGCACGCAUGCGGGCACGACGCGCAUGUCACCGUCCUGCUGGGGGUUGCCAAACUUCUGCAAGCUCGCCGGCACCUCAUUCCUGGGACGAUAAGGUUGGUAUUUCAACCGGCAGAGGAAGGCAACGCCGGGGCUCAGGUGAUGGUAGAAGAAGGGGCCCUGGGGAACGCUGAGUCUAUUUUUGGAUUACACGUUACGCCGUUCUCAGAAACUGGAACCGUCGCACUAAAGCCAGGGCCCCUCAUGGCAGGCAGUGGCAUGUUCGAAGCUCUGAUCAUGGGCAAAGGAGGCCAUGCCGCGCUGCCGCAGCUGCUCACCGAUCCCAUCCUCGCUGCCGCCACCACCGUCAUCGCGCUGCAGCAGCUGGUGGCGCGCGAGGCCGAUCCUUUGGAUUCUCAGGUCGUCUCGGUGAGCAUUCUGCAAGCGGGCAAAGCGUACAACGUGUGCCCAGACAACGUGCGGCUGGGCGGAACCUUCCGAGCUUUCUCUCUGGAGAGCUUCCGAAGGCUCAAGCAAAGAAUUGAGGAGGUAAUUGUGAACCAGGCUGCCGUGCAUAAGUGCGCAGCCACUGUUGACUUCAUCGAGGACUCGCAUCCAUUCUAUCCGCCGACAAUUAAUGACGAAAAGCUGUAUGAGCACGUGCAUGGAGUGGCCGUGGACAUGCUGGGCAAAGACAAGGUGCUGGUAGCGCAUCCGGUGAUGGGGGCCGAGGAUUUCGCCUUCUACUUGCAGAAAAUCCCAGGGUUCUACAUGCUGCUGGGCAUGAGAAAUGUGAGCUACGGGUCGACGUUUUCCGGGCACACCUCGCGCUUCGUGGUGGAUGAACAUGCGCUGCCGUAUGGGGUGUCGGUCAUGGCUGCGGUGGCCGAAACGUAUCUGAAGAAAUUGGAUUCUCAACGAAAAAGCGCGGCGAGAGGGGAUCAGUCGAUGCUAUAGCGCGUGCGGCUCGAGGGGGGAAUUCCGAAGGACGUUUGUGUACAGAGGGAGACUAGGCUGAAAGAGUGGAUAGGUAGAACCCAACAGCAAAAGGAGAAGUUUCAUUCUGUUCAUCUGCUUCGCAAAAGAAAGUGAAGAGCGCAGUUCAAUUUUGACUGGAACUCGAAGGGCCGAGGAAGAAACGGGGGUUUGGGUGGUCUGAAUCUGUCACAAACUGACGACGAAAUUGAAAGAACUGGACAGCUGCAGAUUCCACCUCGAGCGCAACAAUUUUUCAAGCCUGCCAGCAUUGCAGUGAAGACACAAAUCAGCUUUCGAUCGAGUGAUUCAUGAUGAGCGGGUUGACCACAUCAUUCAGUCGUCCAAAGCUGGCUACACUCUUCAUUGUAGUCUUUUGGCAUGGACUCUAGUUUAGCAUUACUUAGAUGUACAGUACGUACACAAUUCUUAGCUUGUUGUCGGUUACAAGCUUUUUUCUCAGCAAACAUCAACUGGUUUCCGUUCACCACCGGAUCAUUCCUUCCUUCCUUACUCCCUUCCUUCUUCCUUCACAUCCAUUGACAGACUCCAGCUGCCCAGCACCAGAUUCUCAUGAUAGCACACUAUGUGACGAUAGGUCGUGCGUCCCAUCCCGUCCCGUCCCAUUCACACCUGAAGCUCCGCCAUUUUGCGUUGCCUCUUGAGUCCCUCUCUACUCUUGCCCGUACCGCCACCAAGGAAGCGGUGCUACCGAUCUCACUAAUUUGAGCACAAGGCCACAAAAUGCCAUCGACCAGUUGUUCUCCAUAACAAAAAGCGUACCAACACAAGCAGCAACAAUGGCAGCUACAGCCGGCGAAUUGCACUGCGGCCGAAAAGAUGAAGAGCCAAAAGAACGAGCAGUUUUUAAAUUGCCAAAGUAGCUCUGGACUGCGGGCCCGGGUCCCCAGAGACACAACAUCCAUGGACCAUGGACACGGGGAUGGGGGAUGGCAAUCAUGCCACGGGCACAAACGAUGGGAGUUGUCAUUACUACGGCGAAGUCAAACAAUUGGCACACACUUUUAGUGAGGCUCAUUUAUUGGCUCAAGGGAAUUAUUCUGUGGAGCAAGCGAGGCCUUGGACAUGGCUCGCGCAAAAGCAAUGAUCAACAGGUAUUCAGAUUGGAAAGAAAGUCAGGACAGGGUUCAGACCCUCAGCACUUUUGAUGACUCCGGCCUAUGCGUCACAGUACUUUCAGGGCAUUGUGGGGCGGGCUGGCACAGGUUCCCAGCGAAAUCUGUGGUGCCAAUUAAUCGUCCAUGUACACUUGCCGUUUCAUCAUAUCCAAUCCAGUAGGACAAAAACAAAAUAUGACACGAUCCAGGCUCCGACGUAGUGCCCUUGCAGCGGCCAUGGUCCUUUUACAUUUCCAAGUUACCGGUGACAGGAUGUGAACGAAUCUCGCCCAACUCAUGCAAUUGAGAUCAAGCUCGUUUUGACUUGUUUUGUUUUCAUUAUGCCAAACUACAGACAAUUCCACCAUUACUAAUGC